AAUAAACAGUUCUCUGUUUCUGGGGGGAAGUUUGGAGUAGUUUGACAGACGGUUCGGUUCAGUUGUAGUCAUUAAUGUGUUGUGACUGUGAACAGGUAAAAAGAGCCACCUGUUGAGGCUGUUAAGAACCCGCGGAGUCUCAGCUGAGAGGCGGACAUGGUCUCAACAGUCCAGAACACGGACGUGAAGCAGAAGGAUGCUGAUCGUGCGGUGGUCGUUGCAGUAACGUCUCGUGCGGUGUUUGAAUGCGGAGCUCAUGAUGAUGAUGAUGAUGAGGGCGUGUAUGAAGUGGGCACGGCUCUCCCGCUGCUGCAGGCGCUCCAGAGAGUGAAUGAACGUCUGCUGGAGGACAAUCCUGCUGAGGCGCUGCUGUUUGACGUCGUCCUGAUCACCACCGACAGUCGGCAGCAGCAGCAGAGCUCCCGCAUCAUCAGCAGCACCAGACAUUACGGUCUUGAAGUCAGCAGGUUUUGUUUUUCCAGCGAGGACGAUUUCGUCGAGAGUUUGCUGAAAAAUAACUUGCAGCUCUUCCUGACGACGGACGGAGACGAGGCGUCGCAGGCGUCACAGAAAGGUGUUCUCUCAGUUCUGUUGGACCAGCAGACAGCUUCCUGUUCGUCAGAGCAGCUCAGAGUUUUAUUCUGCGGAGACGCCGUCAUCCAGCCCGACACCGGCCCGACGCCGGCGAGCCGACAGGCCGCUCAGAGUUUCUCGGCUCAGCUGGGUGAGAUGCGGCGGAGGUUCAGUGUGUUCAACAGCCCUCUCAGUAUCGUCAUGAUGACAUCACGUGGCGGCAGGGAAAGCUGCUGCGCCGCGUUGCGUGCGCUGCGGUCCCGCGGCGUCAGCGUGGACGAGGCGUACUGCCUGGCCGGGGCCCCGAGGGGUCCCAUCAUCUCCGUGCUCCGACCUCAUUUCCUGCUCAGCGAUGGCUUCCUGGAGGAGUGAUGACAUCAUGACGGGAUGAACUGUCACAUGACAUCACAGAAAAACCUUGAUCGUGUCUUUAAGAGAAGCUGCCAGUCAAACAUGUUUACUGAUGUAUAAAAUGUCUCUGUUGCUCUUGUUGCUUGUCACUUUAUUGUAAACCCAGUGCUUUUUGUUCCUGUCAGCUUCUGAUCCUCUUUUCCAGGGAUCUGAUUGAUCGAUGGUCAGGCUAUUGACGAGUUUAGAUCUGAUCCUCUGAUGGAUCAUUUUUUUUAUUGUUUCUGUGUGAGGGUCCUCACAGGUAUAGGGAUACAGAUGGGUAAACACACACUAAUGCUUUUGUUACAGUUGUAGCUGGUUACUGUCAUUUGUUUUCUGAAAGGACUGGCAGCGGACUUACAGGUCACACUUAUGUAUUUUAUACAUAAAUAAAAAUAUUGAAAAGAAAAA